UUGACCCCGCCCUCUGCCCCGCCCCCUCCGCCCUCUGCCCCGCCCCCUCCGCCCUCGCCCCGCCCCCUCCCCUCCCUGUAAACAAGUCGAUGGCGGCGAUGGAGCUCGCCUCUGCGGCCAGUUGACCGACGUGACAUGGCCGGCAACGGUGAUGCCGGUGGACCCGGCGGCGGCACGGGCGGCGACGCCGGCCGCUGCCGGGAGGAAGACGUUGCCAGAGGGCGCCCCCCGCUGGUCUUGGUGCACAGCGGAUACCUGCGCCAGAGCAACCGCCUGCGCAGGCGCUUCUUCACGCUGCGGGCGCGGCUGAGCGACGCGUCCCCCGGCUCGGCAAGCCGCGGAGACGCCGGCACCGCGGCGGGCGCCGGCGGAGGAGGGGCGCCGGCGGGCCGGGCGGCCGGGGAGGCGGCGAGCGGCGACGCGGAGGGGGAGGAGGAGGAGGAGGAGGAGGAGGAGGAGGAGGAGGAGGCGGCGUCUCGGGAGCGCAUGGAGAGGCUGCUGAGGUGCACGGAGGCGCUGCUCAGAGACACGGAGGCGCUCGUCGGGGGAGACGCGGGGGCCGUGUGGGGAGGGGACGGGGAGGAGGCACGGCCGAGGGGAGGCGCCGGUAUUUUUGGAACCGGAGCCGCGGAGGCGCUAGGAACGGGAGACGGGGAAACUCUGCCGCGAGGUGCCGCCGAUAUUUUUGGGAUAGGAGGCACGGAGACGGUAGGCGGAGGAGGCUGCAAGACAAUAGGCGGAGGAAACACGAAGACAAUAGGCGGAGGAGACACGGAGACAAUAGGCAGAGGAGACACGGAGACAAUAGGCGGAGGAGACACGGAGACAAUAGGCGGAGGAGACACGGAGACAAUAGGCGGAGGAGACUGGAAGACAAUAGGCAGAGGAGACACGGAGACGACGCAGCUCGGAGACACGGCGGAGACGCCGGCCGUGCCGGGCGUAGACGCCGCGGACACCGGGGCCCGGCGGGGCGCCGGUGAUCCUCCGCCGGCGCGGGAGGGCGGCCCCCGGCUGAGCGACGCCGUGCUGGAGUGGCACGACAGCCGGCGCAGCUGGGAGCGGCGGUCCGGCGGGGCGGAGGCUGGCCGGGGGCACCGCUGCGUGCCGCUGGCGGGCCUGCUGGCGCUGGCGCUGAGGCGGGACGCGCGAGGCCGCGACUCGCUGCUCCUGCUGGCGGCGGACGGCCGCUGCCUGUCCCUGGCGGGCGCCGGCGGGGAGGAGAUGAGGCGGUGGCACCGCUUGGUCGCCGCGGGCGCCGGGCGGCAGCCGGAGUACCACGACGUGUGGCUCGUCAGCGUCAAGGCCCGGGGCCUGGCCUCUCCGCUGUGUCUCCCCUCCGGCGUCCUCCACUGCCUGUGCCUGGGCCCGGCGUCCCUCUCGCUGGUGGCCGUGGCGGCCCACGGCCCCUCGCCGCCGCCGCCGCCGGGCCCCCGCGUCGUCCUCCCCCUGCGCCGCCUUCUGAGCUGCGUCCGCUCGGGGGCCCUCGUGGCCCUCCGCGUGGCCGGCGACCCCCCCGGCGAGCUGUGGCUGGACGCCCGCGACGAGGCCCACGCCGACGGCCUCCGCGGCGCGCUGGCGGAGGCCGUCGGCCGCCUCCGCGGCCUUCCCCGCGGCGAGGGCGGCGGCGAGGGCGGCGAGGGCGGCGAGGGCGGCGAGGGCGGCGGCAAGGGCGGCAAGGGCGGCGAGGGCGACGGCCCCGCGGCCCUCCGCCCGCGUAGCCACAGCCACUCCGUCCUGCUCCCUUCCCCGCCGUCUCGCCCCUCCUCCCCCUCCGCCUCGUCGCCGCUCAAGCCCGGGAGCCCCUCGCUCGGCCGCCUUCCGGGCCUGGGCUGGGUCUCGCCCUUGUUCCGCAUCCGCGCGUCCAGCGAGGGAGACAAGACGAUGCCGCAACGCUUCCUGCUCCUCUUCGGACGAGGGCGGCGAGGAGGAGGAGGAGGAGGAGGUUGUGGUGAAGCGGAGGGUUCAUCGUCGCGGCGGCGGCGGCGACGGUUGCCUCGUGCUCAGCCGGUCUGCGCCGAACAGCGGCUGCGGUUUCAGACGUCCCACGGACAAAUCCUUCCGCAAGCGAAGCUGCUCAGGCGUCGCCUCCUCCUCCUCCUCCUCCGCUGCUACCGCUGCCCCAUCGUCAUCGGCGGCACUUCUAUCGCCAUCGUCGGCGACGGCGGUGGCAAACGGAGGCCCCGUGGGACGCGAUGGCGGGUGGAGGAGGUGCGCUAG